AGCGCCGGUCAGCGUCGACGCUGAGACAAAAUUAGUCAUCCGCCAGCCGUCUGUAUGGAAAUACCGACAUUUUGACCAAGUUUUCUUCAUCGGCCCGAUUGAAUAUAUCCUGGAGUAGAAACGGUUCACAAAAUUCGUUCUUCAUCUGAUCUGCCCUACUGAAGAUACUGAAAAUGUCGAAUUCCCAAGUAGCUGUGACUGAAAAUAAGGGAGUAUGUGUGCCGAAUAGGGAAGUGGAGUCCGAAGAAGUUGAAGAAACGACGUUAUCAGAGAGCCACAGAGACCUUGGCCACACGCAGAUAUCGGAGAAAGGAGCCACGUUCGACAGCAGCAUAAAGAAGUCUAUAGUCGAAGACCAUAGAACGCAACAAAUCGAAUCCACCAAGUCUGUCAAACAAUCGGAGAACGUCGAGGUGUCGGCCAAUAGAAAGGAAUCUUCAGACCAUACAGAAACGAGCCAAGAUUCAAAAGAAACAUCGACCAUUUCUAAUUUAGGAUACACUCGCUUGGGACCAGUAAAAUUAUUUGAACCCAUCCAGCCAUUCGCUCCAUCACUACCAUUCGAGUUUCCCGAGUCGGUUGGAUUGGUCAAGCAGGCUCAAAAUACCCUCAAGGAGCAGAACGACUCCCAAGAGGUGAACAGCAAAACCAGUGAAGAGAGAUCAGAUUUUGAUCCGAUGAAAAGUAUACCUGUUCUUAAGAUCCAACCUCCACCACCUCCUCCAGAAGAAGAACCAGUACCUGCUCCAGAAAGUUCUUUCCGGGCUGUUCAAGAGUUUUCAGUUCGUUCGGAACCGCCUUGUGAGAAGAAGUUCGUGGCCCCUGUUCAUCAGAAAAUGGUUGAACCCUCAGAAGACCGCAUUACCAAACCAUUUUCUACCCCUGUCACAGAGCCACCUCCUCCCAGCUCCGUAUGCAAGUCAGCGUCCCAAACCUUUUUUGCAAAUUUAGGUUACGAACCAGUUCAAGCUUUGGCUCCAUUGGAUAUGAAUUCUCUGUAUUCUUCGUUUCAAAAUCAGCAAAAUGGCGUGUCAGAAAUCAAGGAAGAGAAUAUCAAGAACUCCCUCAAAGAAAUUAUUUCGGAUUUGGACAGUUUUGCUGAAAGAAAUGAGGAGCUGAAGAGUUCUCUGGAGGGAAAUAAGGAGAAUGUUUCUCAUAUGACUCGAAAUGGGAUGUAUCUAGGAAAAGAGCAGGAUGAAAAUGCACCCCCAAAACCGAUCAAUUUGGAAAAAAUAUUCACACCAGCAGAUGGAGAUCAGAUCAAACCGAAUAAAGGCAGAAAGAUGUUCGCAUCUUCUGCAUUUUAUGACAAAGGCUUCCACCCGACUGUCGAGGACCAAGUAGAGCUGGCUCACAGAAUUUCUAGUUCUCUGAGUGACAUCAGCAAUAAGAGCAGUAAAGGACAGUCUAUGUACGUGAAGAGGAAGAAGAGGUCUGUCAAAUGGGUGCAUGAAGGCGAAGGUAAAGGUGGAGUGAACGGAACUGAAUUGAUUUCAAAUGGCGGCGAUAGGCCGAAAGACCCUCUCAAACUUGUUAUGAACCCUCAUGGACAAGUCCAGGACUUAUACUCAUUGAAGAAACAAGGAUACAACGUUGAACCUGCACUUCUAUCGCCGGACGUGUGUCUUGAAAUUGUGAAGGGACUCAAUUCGCCCAAAGGAAAAGGAGCCGAAUUAUUCGCGAAAAGACGCAAACGUUCGGAGAAGUGGGUCGUUGGUGAAACCAACGGAACAAGAGAAACUCCAGCUGUCGCUGAGAUACUCCCGACUCCCGUUCCGUUACUGUCGCCACUCCCGCCACUGAGUAACUUCCCGCCACCAAGCUACUUACCAGAAACCGCAGAGCGGCUGCAGCAUAAACAGAAGUUAGACGGAAUCCAGGAAAAAUUCAACCGUCCCCGGGUAAAGCUCGUAAAAUCCCCCUGGGACGCUGCUUUGGAAACCGGUUCCGUCGAUACUGCUUUCGUAGAAGAACCAGUGUGGCCCACCAAGGGCAACUACGUCGCCCCAGUCGUCGACUCUUAUGAAGCAGCCCUAAAAAGCGAUUCUCUUGAUAAGUGGACCCUCCCACAGGGUAAGAGCGACAAGAUGUUCGCCCAUAACCCAGCCUACAACAGUAGCAGCAUCAAUAAAAUCGUAGACAACUUGCAGAAAGGAGUGAGCAAUGUUGACGUCUACAAGCCGAAUAUGCCCCAAGCCUGGGCUUCGGGAAAACCGUUCGGAAGCUACGCCCAUGUCACGCUUAACAUGCCGCAACCUUCGUCCAAGGAUGAUCGCAGGUCACCUUCCCCCUUUCCUCAUAUUCCAGACGUAUCAGCCAACCCCGAACUCAUUGAACCAAAAAAUCCGCGAGAAAUCAGAUCCCCCUCUCCCUUUCCAACUAUCCCAGACAUCUCUGCCAAUCCUGAACUACUGACAGAAGAGAUUCCGAAAAAAACUGAGAGAUCUCCAUCCCCUUUCCCGCAAAUACCAGAUAUUUCCAUCGACUCAGUAUUGUUAGACAUGCAAUCGGAAAUACAACCCAUGUCAGAAGACAGUUUGGAUGAAACAUCAGAUUAUAUAGAGAACCACAAAGAAUCAGCUGAAGAUAUUGACACAGAGACUUUAGGGCAAAAUGCAAGUGACCCAACAAAAGAUUUACCGUUUCACCGCAUACCUGAUAUAUUCAAGUAUUUGGGUAAACCCAAUUCGGAGCCUUCAAGGUUAUCUCCGAUUGUAUCUAUCAAACAACGUGAACCAAUUGUCAAACCAGAAUUUAGGCUGGCUCUACAAGAUCCCCACACUAAAGUGGUAGAAAACGUAUUUUCACCAACUACUUCAUCUGGAAUCAGAUCCUUGCAAUCAGAAAUAUUCGAGAGCCAGGGCCAUUUUAAUGCCAGUAGGUCCUGUUCCCCUGCACCAGUAUAUAUUCCAAGAUAUGAACCGGAGCUUCCGAAACCAAAAGAGCAGAUAAGCCCGAGAGUAGAAAAACCCACAACUAUUAUAGUCGAAACUACAAGGCCAAGGAACCCUGAAUACGAGGAACACAUUAAAAAAAUUGCCCUGUCCACAGAAAGAGAUAAAGGAGAAACAAUUAUGCUUCAGAAGGGUUGCUUCAAUGAAUUUCACGAGAAGAAAGUAUCCAGGAAUGAGGAAAAGCUCAUAAGAUACCCAGGGGCAGUGGUGAUUCAAAAUCGGGAUGAAUCAAAUAUGCAAGAAGAGUUGAAAGAAGCUGAAACACAAACCCAAGAUGAGGGACAGGAAGAAUUGCAUAGCCUGGAGGCAGAAACCUUAGCAAUUACCCCUCCUCCUAAUUUCAGGGAGGAUGAAGGUGCAACUGUGAAUGAAAACCAAAGUUCAAUCAGUGUGAAGGAGACAGUAGCUGAAGAAGGAAAUUCAAUAGCAUCCAGCAUUGAAAUGUCGGGUGGAGUUGAAGCCAACAAUAUUUCAGAGGAACUCGGUCCUUCAAAGGAUUCUGAGACCGAAAAUGAAACGUGGGUAACGUCAUCUUCAAAAACUAACUUCGGACAUGCCAAGGAGGAAGAUAAAACUUCACCUCCUAAAACCACAGCAGAUUAUGAGACGGAGCAGAAGAGAAGAUCACCACAGAAAACAACUAUUAUCAAUGAACGCAAGAAACCUUCGACUAGCGAAUUUGAUCCAGUAAUCGAACCAAGAUACUCCAAAAAAGCCCCUGAGACCAUUAUAGGUGCUCGUCCCCUCUUUGGUCAACUGGACAUCAACUCCGAGUUCAAAAAAGCCAUUACAGACAGGCAGAACUCUAUCAGAGCGAAACGGUCCAGGGAUGUCAGCCAAAACGUCAGUAAGACCAACGGAGCUGAGCCCAGAGUGAAAGUGGAGAAAAUGGAAUCCGAAACAAUGGAAGACGUCACGGAAAACUCUAAAUUAGCUACUCAGUUCCUGAAAACAGAGGUCGCGGAAGUUCAAAUGCUUCACCCGAGCGAAAACGAGGAGAUUCACAAAAUUAACUACCAGCAGGAAAGGGAAUACCAUGUCGACUACCAAAAAGUAGGGAAUGAAAUCAUUAUUUCGGAACCAAACUUGACAAACACGUAUCAGGAGUUUCUCCUGGGUCAGGAGAGAAAUCAGCAAGUCCAGGAAAUGAUGAUGCAAGAAUACACUGACACAUUUUCGGAACAGGAGGAGUAUCAAAAAAUACCAGUUAAGUCCUUGAUACAAACCUUCGAGCUGUCUGCGAUGCCUUGCUUGAAGUACAAGCAGAUAAGGGACCCUUUGCCAGAUGUGGUAGAAAAGCUUAGUCCUUCGACAAAGUUUUCCAGAAUAACAAAACCGGUCGAAGAGCAGGUUGUGAACGAGACCAAAGAAAUGUCCGCCAGUGCGUAUAGAGUGUCGAACAUUGAAGUCAAGUCUCAGUACUUCCCCCUGGAUCAGAGUCGAGUUGAAUUUCAGCAAUCGGAGAAUAGCUCGUUUUGUAAAUACGUUUCCCCAACUCCUGGACAAUCCCCUUCUGAUCCACCUCCUCAGUCUUUUCAGGAAGUAGAAAGUUGCAGCUUCAAUAACCAACAAGUAGAAGGUUCCAAUACCCUACCGAGAUGCAAACCCAAGGCCCCACUGAGUCCAAAUUUCAAAUCCAACGUGAACCCACCAGUUUUCGUCCCCAAGGAGAGCAACAUCCCGCUGAGAAGCAGCUACCCACCAGCAAAUAUCCAACAGAGCUACGAGUAUGAGCCUACGCUACAGAUAUCAGUCCAGCAGCCAGCACCAACUAGGAAACUGGAUCUCAACGCCCUCCAAAACUACAACACAGCUCCCAGAGGGUGGGGGGAAACAAAAAAGUUCUACAAACCGAUCACUUUCAACCAACCUAGAGGAGCUUACUCAGAUUUUUAAGGGGUUUCAUGGUGUUUUUCUACUUGGGUUAUUGUUAUUGUUGUUUGAAUUUGUUUUUUGCUAUCAGGCACAGAUAUGAUAUGUAUUUGCACCGUUAUCUAAUUAUUGAGUGUUAUUGUAUAUUUAAUCGUGGAUUGAGGUGAACUUGGCAGUCCCAUGGAUAUUGAGAUGAAGUUGGGAAACUGUUGUGAUAAAAUUUAUUAGAAAUAUUGAAGUUGUUUUAACAGGUUUAUGAAUUCGUGAACAGUUGCACAUUCUCAUGUUUUAUGUUGCUUCAAACAGAAUUGGAGCUUCUAAUUAUAUGUAUACUCAAGUGUUGUUAUUCAAUUGUUAUGAUGAAAAGACUUUGUGAAAUUCAAAAAAUAAACGUUGAGGAAGCA